GUGAAAAAAAAAAUCCAAACAAUCUCAACUUACGGUACCCCAAUAGAAAUGAUGGACAAUGAAGGUGUCAAAGGUGCCAUUGGUGGUGGGGCGAUUGGAGGAGGUGCCACAGGUGGUGGUGCCACAGGUGGUGGUGCAACAGGUGGUGGGGCUACAGGUGGUAGUGCAACUGGAGGAGCUGCCACUGGAGGAGCUGCCAUUGGUGGAGGUGCAACUGGAGGCGGUGCUAUAGGUGGUGGGGCGACUGGAGGAGGUGCCACAGGUGGUGGUGCGACUGGAGGCGGGACUACAGGUGGUGGUGCAACUGGAGGAGCUGCCACUGGUGGAGGUGCAACCGGAGGAGGGGCUACAGGUGGUGGGGCGACUGGAGGAGGUGCCACGGGUGGUGGUGCAACUGGAGGCGGAGCUACAGGUGGUGGAGCAACUGGAGGAGGUGCCAAGGGUGGUGGUGCAAUAGGAGGAGGGGCUACAGGUGGUGGUGCAACUGGAGGGGGUGCAAUAGGAGGAGGGGCUACAGGUGGUGGAGCGACUGGAGGAGGUGCCACGGGUGGUGGUGCAACCGGAGGCGAGGCUACAGGUGGUGGGGCGACUGGAGGAGGUGCCACGGGUGGUGGUGCAACUGGAGGUGGGGCUACAGGUGGUAGUGCAACUGGAGGAGGUGCCACUAGUGGGGGUGCAACAGGAGGAGGGGCUACAGGUGGUGGAGCGACUGGAGGAGGUGCCACGGGUGGUGGUGCAACCGGAGGAAGUGCCACUGGAGGGGGUGCAACAGGAGGAGGGGCUACAAGUGGUGGAGCAACUGGAGGAGGUGCCACGGGUGGUGGAGCAACUGGAGGAGGUGCCACGGGUGGUGGUGCAGCUGGAGGCAAGGCUACAGGUGGUGGGGCGAUUGGAGGAGGUGCCACGGGUGGUGGUGCGACUGGAGGCGGGGCUACAGGUGGUGGAGCAACUGGAGGAGGUGCCACUGGUGGUGGUGCAACUGGAGGCGGGGCUACAGGUGGUGGUGCAACUGGAGGAAGUGCCACUGGUGGGGGUGCAACAGGAGGAGGAGCUAUAGGUGGUGGUGCAACUGGAGGAGGUGCCACGGGUGGGGGUGCAACUGGCGGCGGGGCUACAGGUGGUGGGGCCACUGGAGGAGGUGCCACAGGUGGCGGUGCAACUGGAGGUGGGGCUACAGGUGGCUACAAAUGUCAUUUCCCCAUGUCAUUGUCCAAGCAAAGUAGAAACUAAAGUUUGUACGUGGGAAGAAGAAAACUCUCCUAUGGUGGAGAUAAUAGUUGAUCUUUCCUAUCGUGCAGAACCAUGCAAGAAUGACUCUUACACGUAUGUGCAGAUAUUCCCCGGGAAGCCUCGCUUCAUGUGUGGUAAAUAAGCUUCAUUGGUUAUUAUAUUAUAAUGCGCCACAAAUUAUAUAUAUGGAUAUGAAUAAGUGGGCACUUGUCAUGUUGGUUGUUAGUCUUGACAUUUGCAGUCUCUCAAAUAAGGUAAAUUAUAGAGUAUAUUUGGAGCAUGUGCUUUUUCACUCAUAUAGGUGUAGGACUCACUUUUCAUUAUCUAUGAAAAGACCCACAUAUAUGUGAGUGCAAAGAGUACUAAAAGUUUAAUGCUCUAUGUACAUCUAAUAAUUUCUCAAUAAAUAAAUUGUCUGGCUGCAAUGUGUGAGUACUGCUUUAUCUUUUAUCUUGUGUAAGGAACUACAUGUAAUAUGAACUUUAAUGUGCUAUAAUGUUUAAUGUUCUUUUUGUUAA